AUGUCCAACAACAGCUCCAUCAGCCAGUUCCUCCUCCUGGCAUUCACAGACACGCGGGAGCUGCAGCUCUUGCACUUCUGCCUCUUCCUGGGCAUCUACCUGGCUGCCCUCCUGGGCAAUGGCCUCAUCAUCACCGCCAUAGCCUGCGACCACCACCUCCACAGCCCCAUGUACUUCUUCCUCCUCAACCUUUCCUUCAUCGACCUGGGCUUCGUCUCCACCACUCUCCCCAAAGCCAUGGCCAAUUCCCUCUGGGACACCAGGGCCAUCUCCUAUGCAGGAUGUGCUGCCCAAGUCUUUUUUGUUUUAUUUUUGAUGUCAGCAGAAUUUUUUCUUCUCACUGUCAUGGCCUUCGACCGCUACAUUGCCAUCUGCAAACCCCUGCACUAUGGGACC